AUGAUAGUUCACGAUUCUCCUCUUAGAGAAAGACAAAAUAUCAUUUUCGAUUUCUGCUCUUUAAACAUACGAAAGGGUUCAAGAACCGGUAACUCAGGCAACAAUCUAGAACUUACUGUGCUUACGUUAAUGAAAUCAGUGCCUUGA